UCUACUUCAACGUUUUCCAACCGUCUCUAUAAAAAGCUCCUCCAUCUUCUUCUAAUAAUCUAUCUCUAUUGAAACCAUAAUCAUCAUUCUCUCCCUCUCCCGAUCCAAAGUCUUCUAUGAAGAGUGACAACGUUACCAAACGUCAAGAGUAUCAACGUGUCUUUAGUCGCUUUGACAUGACCCAACAGGGCAAGGUUUCGGUUUCUUCCAUUGAAAGAUGCGUCGAAGCUAUUCAAUCUGGCAAACGUCCAAUAGUGCCAGAAGACACCUCAAUUCCAAAUCCAGAGACGACCACUGACGAUAACUCCUUGCAACUCGAGGAAUUCGUCAACUUGGUGGAAGACGGAGAGGAAGAAGAUAAGGAGAAGGACCUCAAGCAAGCUUUCAAGUUGUAUGAAGAGAGUGACGGCAUCACACCAAAAAGCUUGAAGAGGAUGCUUAGUUUGUUGGGUGAGUCCAAAACUCUCAAGGAAUGCGAGGUUAUGAUUUCCCAAUUCGAUAUCAAUAUGGAUGGGAUUAUUAACUUUGAUGAGUUUAGGGUCAUGAUGCAAUAACAUACAUAUUACUCUUGUUUAUAUAUAUAUAUAUAUAUAUAUAUUUAAUUAGUCUAUACUAGUCUUCUUUACCAAAGGCUUGUAUGAACUCUCUGAAAUUAAGGUACUUUCCCUCUC